UAAUCCAACAGUUUGCGGUUUCUUUGGAUGUGUUACUUUGUCCUUACCGAUCAGCAGCAGUUUAAUAUUAAAACCAUUCUAUGUCUUUUUUUGCAGCAGGUUGUUACUUAUGAGUUAUAAUAGCGUACAUAAACGUCACGAGAUAUUUUGCAUUUACGGUACAAUUUUGCGCAAAUCGGCAAUGGAUUUGGCGUACUUCAUGAGUAUGGUACUGUGUUUGAGCGCCUGGUGCACAUCGGCCGAGAGGCACAGCGUCUUCUGGAACAGCUCAAAUCCUAAAUUCCAGUGGGACGAUUACACAGUGAAGGUGCACAUCAAUGACUACCUGGACAUCGUGUGCCCGCACUACCCGCUGGGCGUGCUGCCUUCCCAGGAGGCCGAGCGCUAUGUGCUCUACAUGGUGGAGCAGCGGGACUAUAACGCCUGUCGGCCACAGUCCUACGAGCAGCUGCGGUGGGAGUGCGCCCAUCCCUUCGCGCCCCAUGCACCCGAGAGGUUCUCUGAGAAGUUCCAGCGCUACACGCCUUUCACGCUGGGGAAGGAGUUCCGACAGGGCGAGAGCUACUACUAUAUCUCAAAGCCCCUGCACCUCCAUGGGUCGAAUUGCCUGAGGCUUCGGGUGGAUGUUGCAGGCCCCGCCGGGUCCCAGGAGUCAAGGCCAGGUGGCGGAGGUGUGCAUAACUCAUCCAACAGACUGCCUGCAGAUGAGCCCAUUGUCCUGCCCGAGGUGCAGAGGAGUGUGGCUGCUGGCUCCGGAGUGGCGACAGUGGCUGUUUCGUCUUUCCUGACAUCAAUGUCUGUCUUGCUAUUGCUGCUACUGCGGUGAAGAAGUACGAACUCCUCCUGUGGGCUCAUGGAUUACAAAUCUGCCCAAUUUGGGGCAAAGAACAGUAGAUGGGUCCCUCUGGCCCCAUGCAUAAUGGUCAAACUAAAAUGACAGUGAUCCACGAGGCAUCUAAAGGCUGUUUCAUACCCCACUGCUGGUCACUGGAAGGAAACAGAUUUAUUUUUUUAAAGAAAAUAAGAACAAGGCAAACUUUGUAUGUGAAGGACUGGAAUGAUUUUUUUUAAAAGCUUUGAUAGACUUAAUAGAACAGCUAUAUUUCUGUCUACCUGUGUCACUUUUAAGAAGUGGAUUUUUUUUGUUUGUUUCUUUGUUCGACAAUCCAGCUUUUUCCAAACAAAUUAAUAGUUAUCACAGAGAGAUAUUAAAAACUGGAACAAAAUUCCGGACUUGCCUCUGAUCCACACAGCAGUCCAUUCUGUAACUGUGCUCAUGCAUAUUUUAGCAUGGAAUGUAUUUAAAUUCCUAAUGAUCGACACUUACAAUGACUGUCAUAAUUAGAACCGACUGUGACUGUCGCCCUGCUGAUGAAUAUUCAUAAUAGGCUGCUUUUUCCAGUGCUUGAGUUAAAUGUAGAGCAGGACUUUCCAGCGAUUUUCUUUUCCAAAGAAAAAUCCUCCUGUCUUCUUUGUAAAUUCCAUGUCCUGUGUUUUAGGUGCAUAUGUUUAACUGAGAACUAGUGUGAGGUAACUCAAUGCAGCGUGCAGUUUGGUGGGGGGGAGGGGUAAUCCUUUUGCAGAAUGGACCAGCAAUCGACAGCUGCUGCAUGGAAUAUAGAAUGAACAGACAGCAUAUGAAGGUGUUGCACUUUCACUGGCUCAAAUACACAGUAAAGAACAAGAUAUGUAGGAUAGGCCCUCUGAGGAAGAGGAAAUGACCUUCCCCAGGGACGGGGGAACUGGGGCUCUUACGGGGAAAGGCAGACGAGCUGUGUGACUAGAGUGAAGCGCAGCUGGCCUCGUUUUUGCUUGAUGAACCUUCAGGAAAAUCAUUUCACAGCACACACACUUGCAGAUUGGCACUGUGCUACGUUACACAAAUUAGCAGGGUUAAACUGGACUGGGAUCAUGAAUACAUGGGCUCCUUACUAACUUGUACAAUUGUAUGUAAGAUGUUAAAUAUGUACAUAGAAUAUUAUAUGAAAGGGUUUUGAUAAAUAGAACUAAAUGUGAAACUGGCAAAUAAAUUUUUUUAUUAAAAAUGAAAA